AUUUGCCUUAGGGUUUGGGCUAAACUGAGAAAUAUCGGUCCAAGGCUUAGCACAAAAGGAUCUUUUCAUUCCAGUCCUUUCGCCCACGCAGGGAACGAUGCCUUUGGAGGUGGUGGUGGAGCUCCAGAUACGGGCGUAAUGGCCAGCACGUGCUCCAGCCUAGCGACACAUCAAGAUGGUGAGACACCGGAAAUCCCAAAGGAAGCCCAAAUUGUCCAAGUGGGAUUGCUGCUGGUUUAUGGCGACAUCAUCAUCGGGAGCAGAAACAUUCAGAUGUCCUGGUGCCAUAAUCAUUGAGAUGGUGUCAUUGAUGAUUCCACAGUACAAAGAGGAUUGGAGCAUUGUGGGGUGAGAGCCAGCAGUAGUCCACAAUGCUGUACUGCAUGUAGCCCAGGAAAAAGCCAAAAGCCACAUCGGUGACAUUGUGCCGCCCCAGCAUGACCCUGGAGAGGCCCACGAUGAAGGCCCACAGUACCACCAGCACCCUCAGGGGAAUGGCCAGCACGAGGUGGUUCAGGAUGAACCGGGACACCAGGGCGGCCCUUGUGGCAUGGCCCGAGGGGAAGGAAUACUUGUCAACCGAGAGGGUGACAAACAUGUCCAUCUGGUUAUGAGCCGGGCGGGGCCUGCGGACCAGCCCUUUGAUCAGGGCCACUAACAGCAGGUCCAACAGUAGGGCGAAGAGCAGGUUCAUCAGCACCUCGCGGCCAACCCAGCUGUCGCUCUUGGACAGGCAGUAGAGAGUGCCCAGCAGCCAGGGGAUGCCAUGGCCCGAGAUCUCCAGCAACUUCAUAAGGGGCCGCACGCUGCCCCAGGACGAGUUCUCCCCCGCGCAUACCCCCAGCUUCUUGGACAGCCACAGGUCUAUGGCCCGCAGGGAGCGCAGAGCGAUGCCCAGGAAGGACGGGUUCAGGUCCAUACGGUUCUCCUCUGGUAGCGGGGUCGGGGACGCCUGUGAGAGACCCGCCCCGGCCAGGGGGAAGGAGCCGCGGCGGUGCACGGGACUCUCGGACGCGCGGAGCCGCGCGCAGGUGGGGUCGGUCCCCGGCGCGCGGCUGCUGAGGAGGGACUGGAACUCGAACCUGCCGCCGCCGCCGCCAUGGGCAGGGCUGCCGGGACUGCUGCUGUUCGCGGCGGAGGCGACCAGCGGACGUCCCUCGACGCUCUUCCGAGGGCUCGGCAUUACGGCGGGCAGCGCCGACCCCAGUUCCCGGCCGGCGUAAGAGAGGCUUCCCAGCCCUGCAGCCUCUUCCGCUUCCGCACUGCAAUCUUGGAGGGGCGGGGAGAGGAGCCCGCGAGAGCGCGAUUGUGACACCUGGCGGAGAUGCGGGAACGAAUUGGAAUUUCUAAUUCGUGGGAGGAGCAGGUUCGGGCGUUGCUGUUGGGAGGUUUCUUGCCCAGGGGUGUUCCUGCCUGGCAAGCAAGAUGUGUACCUUGGGGUCUGCAUGCUGAAUCAGUACCUGGAGACAGAUUGCUUUCCCCCGGUGUUCCCUAUUGUGAUUCAGCAGAGCAUGAGAUUUCAAAAGGUAUUUGAAAACACAAUAGAUCCUGGAACUGUAGCAGACAUUUUAGAAAGCUUCUUAACCAGGUUUGAGUUAAUACAGCUAGUACCUCCAGUGUGGGAAGAGUUGGCCUGCUAUGAAGAAAACACACGCGAUUUUCUUUUUCCUGAGCCCAAACUUACACCAGUGCACCCUGGGAUAUGUAGGGAGGUUCUCAUGAAGACGGCUGUUGGUUUUCCCGGCAUUGCUCCCAAAAUAGAGUUUUCUACAAGGACAGCCAUCAGAGAACGUUUGUUUCUGCAUAGAAACAGAUUUCCUGAAGAAAGACUUAAAUCACGAAGGCCUUUAUCUACAUCUUAUGGACCAAUAUUCUCCAUAAGUAAUACAAAAACAAAGCCAAAGGAGAAUAAACUUGACAGACUUCCCAAAGGCCUACAAUCUUGGGCACCCUCUCCACCUCCCACCAGGCGUUUCUUCCAGGACCAGUCAACUCACUUGAACUUUGGAAAUAAUUUCAAAAUCUCCAGAGAAAUCAAACCUCCAUUUGUAGUUAGACAUGUGGACAGUGCAAACCCCUUUGGUGAGACUAUUUCAGAGCAUCAGUCCCUAAAGGCUAGAAGAAAAUCUAAGUUUUCAAACUUUCCAUUUCCAGUGAGAAGAGCUUCUUCUCUUGACAGCCUUGCAGCUAACGUAAAGGUUAUCAAAGAGCCAGAUGAGUGGAUUGUUUUCAGGAAUGAAUCACCAUCACCUUUAGAUUCGAGUAAGUUUGGAAAGCCCUCGCCCCAUUACAGUAACCAAGGGGAUGCUGAUUUCUACCGGGAAACUUCAUUUGCCACCUCUCAGCAUUCUAGAUCUCCCAGCCCACUUCUGGAUCGGCCCCUCCUCGAAGAAAGAUUCCGGCCUAGUUCUCCGUCCAUGUGGGAGAAGAUACAUGAAAGGGUAUGCAGUCUUCUGACAUCCCACAGAGCUCAGCAGCACCGAAAGAAGGAAGAGUCUACCUCUGAAGCAAAUUCUAUCCUUGAAAGUUCAAACUACCCUCUGAAGAAAUAUUCACUGCAUGAACAGAAAUAUUUUUAAGCUGCUGUCCUAUGGGAAAUGAAUGAAAGCUGACGGAGGAUCAUGAAGAAAGCACUCACUGAAUCAACCAACUGACAUACCGUUAAGGAAAUGAACAGCAAUUGUGUGUUGAGUAACCGGUGUCUAACCCCUUUUAAAUUAAACCCUGUAUUCAGUCUUUUGUUUUCAGGUAAGAAUUGUUGAUUAAAGUACUUGCUGUUUGGGGCUAUUUUGUUGUCAAACUGGGAAAUCUGCGUUUUUGUUAGUUUGUGGGUUUUGAGCAAGAAAUAGAAAAUAAUAGUUGGGCAAGAGAUGCUUUUUGAUUUGGAAAGCACUUCCGAGAGUUCUAAUGGAAAUGUUAAGAUGACUUUUCAGAUGUUUUUCACUUUUAGCAGCAGAUGUGUUCUUAAAAAGUUGUGUUUUUUUCUUUUAAUUUUAAAAACCAGUUCCUAUUUUACAUGAUGUAUAAGAAGCUACUAUUUAAAGCAAUCUCCUGCUAAAUUUUUCAGAAAAGGACUGUCAACCUCAUUUUCUCUUUUUGGUAAAUCCUUUUUUUUUGAGUGUUGGGCUUGAUUUUUAUGAAGCCCACUGAAAACCUAGAAAGAGGAAACAUUACA